AGGAAAUCGGUCACCCAACAGGCCGGUGGAAAAUCCUCCAAUGGCUGAUGACCAAGAGCAGGUUCAGGUCAUCCAAGUUGAGGAGGGUAGUCAAGAGGUUACCAUUCAGAAUGUACAGCUGUGUGAGGAGGUCGGACCCCAUGACGGACAAAUGGAGGAAGUCCAGGCCGUAGUUACUAAUCCAAGUGGCGAGGUGGUCCAGCAAGGCCCGCCAAUCAUUCAGCAGGUCCACCGGGUGGUUCCGGCUGGUGCUAUCAAUAUCAUUGCCAACCAAGUUGUAGCCUCCGCUUCUGAGGGAGGAGUCAGCACUCAAGCUUUUGUCCCUGCUCCUGAAGGAGGUGUUAGCACUGUCAUCACUUUGAAAGAUGGCCAGGUUGUGCAAGAAGUAUCUGGUAUACAGCAGGUGACUAUUGGACCAAGUGCUUCAAAUGUUGGUCAAGUGCCUGUUGCUGCAUAUGCCGAGGCCGGGCCGCCAGCUUUAGUACCGAAGUGUCUGGUGUGUGGAGACAAGUCAUCAGGAGUACAUUAUGGUGUGUUGGCCUGUGAGGGUUGCAAGGGGUUUUUCCGACGAGCACUCCAGGACAUAGGCGACCCUAGCCGGCGGAAAUGUUAUUAUGAAAAAAAUUGCGAAAUCACAGUUCAAACAAGAAAUCGGUGCCAGUAUUGUAGACUACAAAAAUGUAUUGCCCUUGGCAUGUCUAGAUCUGCUGCCAAGCUUGGACGCAGAUCACGGAAAAUGCGAGAAAUGAUUGAGGAGGCAAUGAGAACGAUCGAAGAUUCUCAAAGUGCCCAAGCUUUACACGGACUACUAAGCCUAAAAACAGAACAGUCACCUACAAAUUUCCCAGCGCUGUUGAAAGCAGUGAGUCAGCAACGGUCGGCUGCAGCCGCAUCAGGCAUUGAGACAUUAGUUUUAGCCGGACAAAAAACACAAGUGCAGGAUGCAAAAGUAACGUCAACUGGCACAGAGACGACGGAUACCAGUACAAGUACCAGUACCAGUACAUCAAUCAGUAUCAGCCAACAGCCCAUGCAGACUAUUUCACCAGAACGUGCAAAACCAGGCGCGUUAUUAACCCGUUUGCAACAGUCUCCUAAUCUGACCCAUCCAGGGGUUAUGGAAUUCUUGUUGCAAAUGCAGGCGCGUUCAAACAUGUCUAAUCUGAUCUUCAAUACACAGGGUACACCACCGUGUGUGUUCAGUACACCUACGGGCCAGAUCUUACAAGUGCAAUCCGUUGGUGCGCCAACCACCGCAGUCUGUACAUUACAAUCACCUAUCUCUCAUGCCACGGGCAUGGCAGGACAGUUCCCACAGGCAGUUGCCAUUAAUAUCAAACAAGAAGUGAAUGACACUUUGACAUCAUCACCACCAUGUGCUCCCGAUACAACCAAUGAACAUUCUGACCCAGGAUCACCAGGUCAACUUCAGGAUCACGUAGAGGAACAAACCUCUCAUCCCAUUCCUGGCACGAGUCAAUCACCAGCAAUACCCGUCAUUGUUAAAACAUCUGUAGAAAAUCGAGCGUUAAAUAUGGUGAAAUCACAUGACCAAGUGGCGCGGAGCCCCCUAAAGAAACGUCCCUAUCGUCCAGCUAGCCCUAGUUUGAGUAAUAGCAGUAAUGGAAUAGAACAAUCAAGGAAUGAAGCUCCUGCAAAAAAAAUCAUGGUUGUCGAACAACUUGUCGAUAAUAGUGUGCCACAAAACUCUCAGUCUCUUCCCGUCACGUUAAUCGGUGAACCAAUGGUUGCACAAGCCGCCAAGGAAGUCCGACUAGAACAAAACGGAGUGCCAUAUUCAAUGCAACAGCUGCCAGUGACUGUAUUUAACGGUAGCGUCAAUCAAAGCGUCGUUUCACAGCCAAAUCUAAUGACAGUUCAACAGAUGCCCCAGCAUCAGUUACAGCAGUUGGAAAUGCUGGCAGCAGCAUCAACGUCAGUGUUGACUGCCCCGAGAGAUCUGACGGUGAACACACCUCCAAAACCUGUGGCUGUUAUCAUGGCGGAAUCAAAACAAGACGACCCUGUUAUGACAUUGAUAUAUAAACUAAACGAGGCAUAUAUAGAAUCAUUCAGGUAUACUAAAGAAAAGGUGCAUCAGAUGAAAUACAGUGUAGAUUCUAGUAAAAAGCGGACAGUUAUGGAGGCAGUUAUAGAGCGGGUGGUGACCAAACAUAUCAGUACACCACGUGGAGACGUUUUAGAAGCAAAAGCUGGGGCUAGUGGUAUCACAAAGCACGAGAAUAUUCCCGAGGAGAAACUGCCUGAAGUCUGUUGGCAAGGCUUCCAAAUGAGGUUCAACGAGGUGCUACAAGAUGUCGUGCGAUUUGCCAAGAAAAUACCAGGCUUUUCCACAUUCAACACGGAUGACCAAAUCAGUUUAAUAAGAGGAGGAUGCUUUGAGGUUGCCUGUGUGAUCCACGCUAAUUUCAUCGACGGUGAGACCAACACCAUGUUCAUGCUGGGCAGCGGUAUGGUGUUCACACGGGACCAGCUCAAGCAGACGUUCUUGAUGGGAGAGAACUUCGUCGAGCUCAUGUUCAACUUCUCUGUUAGAUUCAAUGCAUUUAAACUAACCAGUACAGAGAUUGCACUCUUCUGUGCACUCAUGCUCAUAACUCCAGAUCGGCAAGGUUUGAAGAAUCGUGAGAAAGUGAGCAAGUUACAGGAGAGCCUUAUCCAAGCUCUUCAGACUCAGAUCACGUGUAGUCACCCGUCGGAAAUCGGCCUCUUUCCUCGUCUUCUCAUGAUUAUAUCCAAUCUCCGUGAACUUAGUGUCGAACACAGACGUAUGUUGACUGUCUUGAAGGGAAAAAUAGAAUUCCCCAAUAACUUGUAUGCUGAAACUUUCGAUUUGAUUUAGGAUGUGUUGAAGCAGGAUUCAGCUGUCUCAUUUAUCGGAACUUUUCACAUGAAACUGAUUUUGGAGAUAUAAUCUCAUGAAGAUAAUAACUGGAAAGUAACAGGGUGCUUUGUUUCUUCUUCAAAGUGGAUGAUAAUCCUUUAGCCUCCAAUAGAUGUAAUCGAUAAAUGACAUUGUUGAUGUCGCACCAUACCGGUUCACAUUGACUUAAUGAGCCUUAUUGCCGAGAGAAGGUGACCUUCGUGUGUUUUGUUGAUUCUACCAAAAUAUAUAAGCAAGCCUUGUAUACUUUUUGAUUCCACCUGAAAGCUUGAACUUCAUGGACUUUGGUAUAAGAAGAAACAAUAGGAUGUACAACUGAGACCUGUUCGGGCAUAUGUGGACGAUGCCAAGUGAAACUGGUGGCUUGAUAUGACUGAUAAGUAGAAGGAAGUUUUUGGAUAUGAUCUGCCCCGUUUGAAUUUUUCAUAUGACCGUUUCUCCACAAACCGUUUUUACCCUACACCCUACAAGGGCACAAUAGGAACUACCCCUUUUGUUUAAUUCAUUUGGUUAGAAUUCAUUGUUCAUUAAUUUUUGUAUGUGAAAAAAUGUUGGGGUUUUUAUUGCUUGCUUUGGUUCAGAUCUUAAACAGUUUUCGCAUAUAAAACUUUACCUUUGACUGAUUUUGGUCAAUGAAUUCAAAAAUUAGUACCGGUAUUGUGGAGUUUGCUUGAGGUAUAAAUUGUUUUUGGUCUGGUUAUCUUUGGUUUCAGUUAAUUUCUGGUCUGCUUUACCCUCAGAUUGGACCUAUUGCCAAGGGCAAAGUAAGGUUCUUCUACGUUCAUGCUGCCUCGACUACAUACCUAAUCUUAUCAAUUCCUGUAUGAAACCUUAUUUUGGGCUCUGUGUUUUUAAUGUGGGUGGAUUAUUGAUAAAUUAUGGAAUGGAAUGAUCGUAUUUUGGAAUUCAGGGCAGGGGGUAGGGGACCUAAAAAUGCAGCUGAAAUCAUGGCUUCCUGAGUCUAGUCUAUUCUGUCUCACGUGACCAAGUAUUUGUGUGAAUGUUGCUGAACAUUCGGAUAUAAAGUGUUAUUUUGGAAUAACUUAUUUUGUUUGUUUAUGAUAAUUUGUUGGGGUCUUUAAUGCAGACUGCCUGGGGCUGAGUUUGGAUUUGUUCUGGCAUAUUACUGUGGAAAAAAGGUCUGAUCAAGAAAGUUUCAAUGCCUUUCCCAAAUUGGAACAUACAGGGUGGCUGAGACGAACAUAUUUUAGAAAAGUUGAGGAGGGGUUAUUUUUAUGAGAAAUUGGACAUUUAGAGAUCAAAUCUCUCAUGUUUUCCUAAUAUUGAGUGUCUUGUUAUUGUAUAUUUAUUUUGCACUGAAUAUAUUUUAAAUCAGUCAAAAUGGUAUUUGGCCUGUGAAUUUCAAAUGUAAUUUUAUCUUCUUGAUUGUACAUUGUAUUAAUAUAUUGAAUUUAGCUGGUGCUGAGACCAAUUUGCAGCAUAAAAAUUGUCUCAAAGUUGUAGCUGAGGGCAGUUCUUCUCUAAAUAAGACUUGGGGUCAGUCCAGUUGUAGCUGAGAGCAGUUCUUCUCUAAAUAAGACUUGGGGUCAGUCCAGUUGUAGCUGAGAGCAGUUCUUCUCUAAAUAAGACUGGGGGUCAGUCCAGUUGUAGCUGAGAGCAGUUCUUCUCUAAAUAAGACUGGGGGUCAGUCCAGUUGUAGCUGAGAGCAGUUCUUCUCUAAAUAAGACUGGGGGUCAGUCCAGUUGUAGCUGAGAGCAGUUCUUCUCUGAAUAAGACUGGGGGUCAGUCCAGUUGUAGCUGAGAGCAGUUCUUCUCUGAAUAAGACUGGGGGUCAGUCCAGUUGUAGCUGAGAGCAGUUCUUCUCUAAAUAAGACUGGGGGUCAGUCCAGUUGUAGCUGAGAGCAGUUCUUCUCUAAAUAAGACUGGGGGUCAGUCCAGUUGUAGCUGAGAGCAGUUCUUCUCUAAAUAAGACUUGGGGUCAGUCCAGUUGUAGCUGAGGGCAGUUCUUCUCUAAAUAAGACUUGGGGUCAGUCCAGUUGUAGCUGAGAGCAGUUCUUCUCUAAAUAAGACUUGGGGUCAGUCCAGUUGUAGCUGAGGGCAGUUCUUCUCUAAAUAAGACUUGGGGUCAGUCCAGUUGUAGCUGAGAGCAGUUCUUCUCUAAAUAAGACUGGGGGUCAGUCCAGUUCCGGCUAAAUUGAAUUAUAGAAGCUUACAUGUUUGUCUUUAUCUUACAUGCAAGUCAAUGAUUUUAAUGUAUACUUAAUGUUAUUUUCAAGGUUUCUACGUGUACAUUCAGAUGUAGGUGGGACACUUGGAUUGUUUUGCUGUGCUGAUAAAGCUACUCUUGGUAUACUAAGCAUUCAAAAGAAUAUCCUGGAGUUGUAUCUCAAAAACUUGCUUAAAGAGUCUGGCAGGAGUCUGUUUCCUCUGAAGUGAAAUAUAUACAUGAAAUUAUCAUUUUAAAUCAAAAACAUUUUGUUGUGGCAGUAAGGAUUGUUUGUACUAGGAUAUCUAAUAUCACCUGUCGAAUAAGUGUCAAUACGAAUGUUUGUACAUUUGUCUAACCUGUCUAAGCAAAUGCAAGAAGUACAAAAGAGUUUGCCAGCUUUUGAAACAAACAGUACUAAAUGAAACGUGGGUCAAAAUUAAGAGGAUUUUGGGUUCACUCUGUCUGUUAUGCACAUCAUCAUGUACAGAUCUGAGGGCGAUGACUUUGUUGAUUGUUAAAUGAUUGAAGAAGAAAGAAACUUCAGUAUUCACACCGUUAGUUGUCUUUUGAUUGUUAUGUUGAAAUUUAUGUUAAAAAUGUUUUGAAUUAGCUUUUCCUUUGCUUAUGUAUUGAUUUGCUAUUACUGCUAAGUUAUAACAAUCGUAUCCAGUGCAAUCAUUCAGUGAGCAAUACUGUUCUUGGAAUGGAUUUUAAGUGGUUUAGUUUGUUUUUUAAGGUAUCAUAAUAUUCGACCACGCUUUGACUCGUCAAGGUCAAGUUACAAUAAAGUAAAGUAUUAGCCUGUCUGUUACUACCGACUACACGACUGUUUUCAUUUCAUGAUUUGUGCUUUCAAGAGGCCAAAGCUAACAUUAAACUUGCUAAAAUUUAACUUAUGCAUUAACCAGUCAAUUUUGGCUGCAACCAAGGAAAUGACCAAUGAGUAAAUUUGCACUAACUUGUACAUUGCUGAUAAAGGUGAACACUAUCGAUGUAUGUAAUGAUAAGCCAACAAUGUUUCUCUCAGUUUGCAUUGAAAUAGGGGCCUACAACUGUUCAAUGACCUGUUAGUUUCAAGGUUCUUCAGUGCACUUGCCCAUCACAGCUGUCAGUCAAGUGCGUUCUUCCAUUGUGAGUGUGUAACAUUGGCCACAGUUUGACCGAUAUAGUCAAGUCAUGAAUAUAGCAAUAUGAUGCAUUCACUGCCUACUCUUAGUAUGAUAAUCAAUAAGUUCCGUAGUGGAACAGGGCUGUGUUGUUUUGACACAUCAAUGACAUAGAUCGAGUGACAGGAUCCAAUGGCACAUAUAUGGUUUAAUACCAUGAUGUUCUGUUACUGCAUACACCAGUGGUACCAACAGUACUUAACCAUGUGCAGUCUGUGGUAACAUUAUUCCAGAGGUGUUAGAUACCAAGUAAUGAUCUUGUGAUGUGAUUUAUGCAUUUCAGUGUCUAUUUAUUACAGCAAGUAAUGACCAGUGUUAGGAUUUGUACAAAAUAGGUGCCAUAAAUAUGCAGCUUGUCUUGUCAGUGCUUUGUUUUCAAGUAAUGCAAUAUUGUCUAAGUGAUCUGGUUAAACUCAUGCUGGUUCUGCAUCUUGUUGCUUCAGUAUUCUAAUUUUUUUCACUGAAAAUAACCAACCUCAUAUUGAAAUGUUUCUGUAAAGAUUUCUCUUGUUGUAUUUGAUUAAUCCUGCCUCUAUUCCAUUGACCUUCACGAGUUCUGCCAGUGGGGGAGGGACAGGGAUACAGAUCCUCUCCUUACUUUGAAAAAGGGGUUCCCUCUAACAGCUUACAAAAGAGUGUUCUAAUGUCAUUAUAAAUGUUUGUGAUUUAGUACAUGAAAAAGGGCAUUUUGGACCUGUUUUGGCCAUUUCCAGCGCCAAAACAUUUCAGGGGUCAUUUUGCCUUUUGAAAGAAAACAAAUUUGUUACCCCUCAUUUCACACUGGCAGAAACAUGGACCUAUCCUUUUGACAUUUGUUUGUGUGCUUGCAACCUUUACCACGGUGGUCAAUCAAAUGAAUAUACCAAUUACGGCCACAAUGAACUCGCCCACACAUUAUGUUAGACAUGGAUUCUCUCAUAAUUACAAACUAAGACCUUAAAUAUGCAAAUGAUUUUGGCAAGCAUUGUGACAUCGUUGCCAGUAUCUGAUCUCAGAAAUUGGUUGAUACUACAAAAAAGAAAUUCUAUGGCAUCCUGAAAUGGAGAGAAUUUCAUCAUGCAACUUAUAACUCUACCAUUUGUAAGGCCAGCAGUAAUUUGUUCUUCUCUUCUGUAAUUUUGAUGUCAGGUUAUGAUCUGCAAUUAACACAGGUGUGUCAAUUUCAUACAGUCAUCUUUAUAAGAAACUUGAACACAGGAGUCAGGAAUAAAACUUAUAUGUGACCCGUCACAGCAAAAACAAGUCACACAGAAGAUGAGCCUAAAUAACACCAGGAGAUAUUUAAAGAUAUUGAUGUACUUUGAUUUCACAAAACAACGAGCCCAUCUCGACCUGCCAAGCUUCAAGCAACAUUACCUGGUUUUGCUGCGACGGGUCACAUAUGGGAUAACUUGCAAAUUCAGGGAAGUAGGUAAUAUCAAUGCAAGAAACUGCCGCUGCAGAGUGAAUGUGGAAUGGAGCACCAUUUCCUCCCAAAUAUAUGCAAUAACAUCCCACCUCUCACCAAGUUGUACCCUAUGCAACCCUUUGUCUUAAUAUUCCAUGUUGAUCCCUCUUUAUUUUUAUGACCAACAGUCCUUGUACCACUUGUUUUGUACGACCCGACUGUACAUGUACUUUAUUUUGUAAGCCAAAAAUUACGUUUACUUUCCAUGUUAAAAAGUGAGAUGUAUUUUGAAAUUCUGGUGGCGUCUGUGCAGCAUAUUUAGAACUUUAAUGUUCAAUAGAUAAUUUUAGGGAGUUGUAUUAUUGGUAGUCACACUUCAGGCAGAUUGCACUUGGAAUUAGAAAACUCAGUGACGGCCACAGUCUGAUCUGGUUUGGAAUUCCAAGUUUAUUACAUCUGAUUUGGUGGUGUUUUGCGCAGUGGUGUCUGUUUCAUCAAUGUCUUUAGCGCAGAUGCAUAAUUUAAAGAGAGAAUGCUUGUAGCUUUGUUUGUAUGCUGUUUUCCUGUAGGACCUGCCACUGUCUAAAUAUGUUUGCAUUUGUAUCAUCACAAUGGUUUGGCCUUAAUAAAUUAGAUGUUUCUUGUCAA